AUGAGAAAAUUCAGUAACACUUUUCAUCACUCUGAUGGCUUUGUUCUGGUGGGCUUCUCUGAAUGGCCCAAACUAGAAAUGGUUCUUUUUCUGGCCAUCUCCGUUUUCUACAUAAUGACCCUCCUUGGGAAUUUAGCCAUCAUUAUCUUGUCACACCUUGAUGCCAGACUCCACACCCCCAUGUAUUUCUUUCUGUCUAAUCUCUGUUUUUUUGGCCUUUGCUAUACUUCUUCCCCUGUCCCCCAAAUGCUAGUCAACAUCCAAAGCCACUGGAGAAAUAUCAGCUACCUAGGAUGCAUAGCUUAACUUUUCAUAUUCCUUAGUUUAGGAUCCACUAAAUGUGUACUUCUUUCAGUAAUGGCCUUUGAUUGUUAUGUAGCUAUCUGCCAGCCUCUCCGUUACACAGUUAUCAUGCACUCUUGGCUAUGCCAACAACUGGCAGCAGUCGCUUGGGUAACAGGUUUCAGCAACUCUUUGGUGCAAAUAGUGUUGACUUUCUUGUUACCUCACUGUGGUCCAUAUCAGGUGGAGAAUUUCUUCUGUGAGGUACCUGCCAUGCUUCAAUUAUCAUGUGUUCAUACAUGGAUCAAUGAAGUGGAGAUGUAUGCUGCUGUGGUGGUCAUAAAACUCUCUUAA